GAAAACAAAGAACAACAAAAAAUAGCAAAGAAAAAGAGAAAGGCUUUGGUUUUUUAUUUAAAAAAAAAAAAACUUGUGGGAGGUGGGUUGAAGCUUUGAUGGGCAAUUACAUAAAGGAGAACCAAACAACUGUCUGUUGCUCUGGUCUGUGACACAUGAUUUGCCCAGGAGAAAAAAGGUCACGCUAGAAACAAGGAAAAAGUAAAAGGUGACUUAAGAGGUAAUUAUAGCUAGUCUUCAGCAUUGAACAAGAAAAUGAGGAAGAAUGGAUGGCAGCUCCCAUAUCACCCUCUCCAGGUGGUGGCUGUUGCUGUGUUCCUGGCAUUGGGUUUUGCUUUCUACGUCUUCUUUGCUCCUUUUGUUGGGAAGAAGAUGUUUCAGUAUGUUGUGAUGGGGCUAUACACUCCUCUUAUUAUAUGUGUCUUCAGCCUAUAUAUUUGGUGCGCAGCAGCUGAUCCUGCUGACUCGGGAGUAUUUAAGUCAAAAAAGUAUCUCAAGAUUCCAGACUCUGCAAAGCAUUCUGGACAAAAGGAAUCUAAACUGGGUGGUGAUUCAACUCCCUCACUACAUGAUGCUGAUGCAAUAAAAGCUGGGGACAAACCUCUAGAUGAAGAUACAAUGGGCAAAGAUGCAACUUCCAAAGUCUCAACAAUUGAUAUUGAGAAGGAUAAUACAUCACCACAACGUUCAUCUUGUCUCUUGUUGGCUUGCUCUCCAUGUGCUUAUAUAUGCAAUUGCUCGGGUUCCAGUGAGGAAUCUUCCAGUCUACAAAUGAGUGAAGAAGGCAUGUUCUAUUGCAGUUUGUGUGAAGUUGAGGUCUACAAGUACAGUAAACACUGCAGAGUUUGUGACAAAUGUGUUGACCGCUUUGAUCAUCACUGCAGGUGGCUUAACAACUGCAUAGGGAAGAAAAACUACAGGCAAUUUUUCACCCUCAUGGUUUCCGCUCUUCUAUUGCUUAUUCUACAAUGGACAACUGGACUCCUUGUGCUGAUCUGCUGUUUUCUUGAGAGGCAACGAUUCUCUAUGGAAAUCUCAACCAAGUUGGGAAGCAGUUUCUCUAUGGCGCCAUUUGUUAUUGUUGUGGCACUCUGCACCCUUUUGGCAAUGAUUGCAACCCUACCGCUUGCUCAACUUUUCUUUUUCCACAUCCUUCUGAUUAAGAAGGGAAUUAGCACAUAUGAUUACAUCAUAGCUUUGAGGGAGCAAGAGCAAGAGCAAAAUGGAGUUGGAGGUCAGCAUAGUCCCCAAAUGUCCCCAGCCAGCUCACUUACUGGAUUAAGCAGUGCAAGCUCUUUUACUACAUUUCACCGGGGUGCUUGGUGCACCCCGCCACGUCUGUUUCUUGAAGAUCAGUUUGAUGUUGUGCCACCAGAGACUGGAUCUGUUAGUUCAUUAGGAAAAAAGGCUGCUGGAGAGGAAACAAUUAAAAAGAAAAAUUCGGCAGCAGUGAAGAUCAGUCCAUGGACUCUUGCAAGAUUAAAUGCAGAAGAGAUUUCAAAGGCUGCGGCAGAAGCAAGGAAAAAGUCCAAAAUCUUGCAGCCUGUGAUGAGAAGUGAUGCUUCUUAUGGACUAGAAGCAGGCAGCAGCUUUGGCAGCAGUGGUCGUCGCAUGGUUCCAAGGCCUGACAAUAACAGAAGGCGCACUAAUAAGCGGGUGCGGCUUCCAGCAGAGCUGCCCAUGGAACCGCUUACUAAGAUUUCAGCUAUACCUGUUACCAAAGGCUACACUGACAUGUCAUCUAGUUUGGCUCCUCUUCAGCUUGAAGCACGGAGUGCUUUCCAGACAAGCCAUGCUAUGACAAGUUCAGCAGGGAUUGUUGCUUCUUCUCCUGAGAGUAGUUUAGAUUCGCCUGACAUCCACCCUUUUCGAGUAUCCUCGUCAGGGCCAGAGGAGGCAAGGCGGCUCACAGGUUUGUCUGCUACUGGUAUAGCUGCCCAGAAUGGAUUCCCUUUGUCAAGAUCCACAAGUGAUGGUUAUGAAGCAUCAGGCGGGGAAGACAGUGAUCGAGUUCCGACUAGAUUUGUACCAAGGUCAACAAACUGGACUAAUGUUUUAUUUAGUUCUGAUGCAGAUGAAAGACUAUUUAAACUGCAAGCAUCAUCUUCUGGCCUGUCUGACCAUAGAAAGCUAUGAUCAAUUGUGAUUUAAUGAAGGAUUUAGGUCAUUUUGGAUUUUUAUCCCAAGAGGAAUUGUUCAACUUCCAAUAUUCUUUCAUUUGUGGCCGAGGUAAAUUGGUUGUGAGACAGGUUUUGAGAUGGGCAAGACAUGAGAAGGGUCUGUAUAGUGUUUUUAGAGUUGGAUUUUAACUGAGUGACAAAUACUUUUGUAAUUUGCUGAAGUUUCAUUGCAGCCAUUCUUAUUAUAUGGGUUUCACACAGAUUGACCCAACUGCAAGUUUGCUGCAGUAUUCCAAAAUUGUCCUCACUGCAGGCUUUUGUUAAAACUGGGCUUAAUGUGGUUUCCCUUCUUUCAGUUCCUGGAAGGACAAUUCGUUUGUGCUGGCCAUGAUUUCACACUUUUCCAAUCAAUGGCAAGUUGAAACUAAAUUGCACCUCUUUGUUGCUUUCACAGUUUGUCAUUUAUAUGUAUUUGAAUCUCAAGUAGCAACGAACAAUUUAGUCAGUUCUUUGAUGA